CAUUUUGUUCUCUUUUUAGAUCAACGUCCGAGUUACCACCAUGGAUGCGGAGCUGGAGUUCGCCAUCCAGCCAAAUACAACAGGAAAACAGCUUUUUGAUCAGGUGGUUAAGACCAUCGGCCUUCGGGAAGUGUGGUACUUUGGCCUCCAGUAUGUGGAUAAUAAAGGAUUUCCUACCUGGUUGAAACUUGAUAAAAAGGUGUCGGCACAGGAGGUCAGAAAGGAGAACCCUCUUCAGUUCAAGUUCCGGGCCAAGUUCUACCCCGAAGAUGUGUCUGAGGAGCUCAUCCAGGACAUCACGCAAAAGCUUUUCUUCCUCCAAGUGAAGGAGGGAAUUCUCAGCGAUGAGAUUUACUGCCCUCCUGAGACGGCGGUGCUCCUGGGCUCCUAUGCAGUGCAGGCCAAGUUUGGAGACUAUAACAAAGAAACGCACAAGUCAGGGUACCUCAGCUCUGAGCGGCUGAUCCCCCAAAGAGUCAUGGACCAGCACAAGCUCACCAGGGACCAGUGGGAGGACCGGAUCCAGGUGUGGCACGCCGAGCACCGCGGGAUGCUCAAGGACAGUGCCAUGUUGGAGUAUCUGAAGAUUGCUCAGGACCUGGAAAUGUAUGGAAUCAACUAUUUUGAGAUAAAAAAUAAGAAAGGAACAGACCUUUGGCUUGGAGUUGAUGCCCUCGGACUGAAUAUUUAUGAGAAAGACGAUAAGUGAGUUGAACUUUAUAAUUU